AUGACCAUGCAGCUUGUUACGUUUUUGCAGAUUCAGACAGCCAAGGAUUGUGUCUCACCCUUGCCUAACCGUGUGCCUGAAACUCAAAAAUCGUCCACCAUGGUCAUAGCUUAUCUACCACAGCACGAGCUUGAUGCCAAGGAAGAUCAUCUAUACCUAAAACCGGCAAUUGCUCCAUUUGCCGGCCGGCUUGGAGGCAAUCAGGACUUUAUCGUGGAUCGGAAUGACCCGAAAAAUCUGGAAGUCCUGGAGCAGGUGCCCGAUGCGGCACCCUGCAUGACGUUGGCCGAGAUCUUCGAUCUCCGGGGCUUUGCGAGUCUAGAUCUAUGGAAGUUUGCGAUGCUGGAAUGUGUUGCUAGUUUGAUGAAUGUCUUCAUUUCAUGCUGGGUCACCACACAUCCUCUUUCCAAGACUACUUCUCCGACUACCGAGGCCGGAGUCUAUGCCACCGUCACCUUUUUCUCCCCUCUAUUCGGCGGUAUCACCAAUCUCCUGUUGACUCCGCUCUUGAUCUACACCUUCGCCCCAUCCAGCGGAGGUCAUAUUAGCCCGACCAUUACCUUGGCCACUUUCUUCGCCCGGAUUAUCUCCUUCCCACGCAUGGUACUAUACGUAGGAGGGCAAACACUGGGUGGUGCAUUGGCUGGCUUUGCCUUGAACAGUGCCUACGGCAAUCGAGAGUUUACCGUAGGCGGAUGCCAUAUUGAUUCGACCCUGGUGCCCGCCAAGGACGGUCUGGUCAUUGAAUUUCUGGCGUGCCUGGUUCUCAUUUUCCUGGCAUUUGGCGUGGCUUUAGAUCCUCGACAGGCCAAGGUAUUUGGCCAUGCGACGUCACCCUGGUUGGUGGGCGUCACCCUUUUGAUUGUUAGCUGGGGAACCGCUUUUACCCGGGAGGGCUAUAUCGGAGCCAGCCUUAAUCCGGCACGAUGCUUGGGAGCUUAUGUGGCGUCCUCAUUUCCCACUUAUCAUUGGAUCCACUGGGUUGGACCACUCGCGGCUGCUAUCGGACACGGCCUGGUGUACUUUGUUGACCCACUUUGGACCGAGACGCGGAGUUCGCCGUAA